AUGUUAGAAUCCUCAGUGGCGUCAGUGUUGCGCCCGGUAGGCAAUAUGAUCGACGAGGAAGCCGCCUUCCUGCGCGGCGUCAACGCCGACGCCGACCUCCUCAGGGCCGAGCUCCGCCGCAUGCAGUGCUUCCUCCGCGACGCCGCCGACGCCAGGCGCCGCGGCAGCGAGCGCGUCACCAACUGGGUGGUGGACGUCCGCGCGGCCGCCUACGAAGCGGAGGACGCCCUCGAGGAGGCCGACCUCCUCGCGCGCCGUCGCGCCCUGCGGCGCGGCUACUCUGGCCUUCUCGCCUGGUGCGCUGACCUCGCCGCGCUGCACAGGUUUGGCCUAAAGAUUAGGCGCGUCCGAGCCAGGAUCCGAGACAUCUCUGAUGGCGCCGUCGCCUACGGAAUCGCAAAUCUCGGUGAGGCCAGCAUCUCAGUUUCUCCAGAGGACAUAGAUGUGACGCCGCCCUAUGACCUUCGUUGGGCUGGUGGACACGAUGGUUGGCAUUUUCAGGCCUUUUGUUGGUUAGUAGUCUCUCAGAAAUACAGGUUCCUUGAUCUUAUCAAGGAUGUAGCUAAGAGGAUUAUUGACAUCAAAAGUGAGAAGAACAGGGAGGAAAGAAGCAACGAUGAAGAGGAGACAGGCAAACAUGGAGAGGGGACAAGCAAAGAUGGAGAGGGGACAAGCAAAAACGGAAAGGGGACAGGCAAAGAUGGUGAGCGGACAAGCAAAGAUGGUAAAGAGAACAAUCAGUUAACGAUCGAAGCAUUGGAGAAGAUGGGCGAGGAAGAAAUAAGUGAACUUCUGCGGAAGGAACUUGUGCAUAGAAGGUUUCUUGUUGUGCUGGAUGACGUCUGGAGGUGUAAUUCCUAUAGCGAGAUCAAUAGGAUCAUCAGCCUCUUUCCAGAUGUUAACAAUGGGAGUAGAAUUAUGUUGACCACUCGAGACCUAAGUGUCGCAAAGCAUGUCAGCAAGAGGAAUAGCAUCCAUCAGAUGAAGCUUUUGGACGAGGGCCAGAGCUGGGAGCUGCUUGAGAAGAAGGCCUUUCAGCAGAACCAAAAUUUUAGCCCCAGUGAUCGGUCACAGCUGACACCUAUUGGAAAGAAAUUGGCUGUUAAAUGCAACGGGUUGCCGCUUGCCCUUGUGGUGUUGGGAGGAUAUCUUUCAAGGAACUUGGACUAUGACAUUUGGUUGCGACUGGUUGACAAUUUGGAUUGGGAAGCUCGCAAGGAUGAUGAGCCAGUUUGGGACAUAUUAGCUAGAAGUUACAAUGAGCUGCCAAAUCAUCACCUGAAAUCAUGCUUCCUUUAUUUGGCAUCCUUCCCUGAGGACCACAUCAUACGUGUCAAUAAGCUUAGCAAGCUGUGGAUUGCUGAAGGAUUUGUUCCUGAGAGGCACAACCGCACAAUGGAAGAUACAACAAGAGAGUACACAAAUGAGUUGGCCCAGAGGUGCAUGCUCCAAGUAGUUGAUAGGAGCAAAGUGGAUGGCUCAAUAAAAAGUGUAGUCCUCCACGAUAUUCUUCGCGAUUGGGGCAUCAAAGAGGCAAGCAGAGAGGGGUUUUUUAAUGUUUGGUGUAAUGCAACAGUGCCUGUGGUGUAUUCAGAUUCGAUGCCAUCUUACCGAAUUGCUCUCCAUAACUUUUCUGGCUGCAGUCAAAUCGUUGCUGCGUCCAUGCCAAAGUUGCGAACCUUAUGGCUGAGUGGCUCAUUGUCAAAUGCGUUGGGUUGUUUAUGCAGCCUGACAUUUCUCAGAGUGCUUGAUCUUUAUGGAAUAAAAGACCUCGAGAGGCUGCCUUCUGGUAUUGGCAAGAUGAUGUAUCUUAGGUACCUUGGACUGCAAAACAAUGGCCACAAACCAAUUCAUAUUCCUUCAUCUGUCUCAGAUCUCUUGAACUUGCAAACUCUUGAUGUGAGAAAUUCGACGCUCGGAUCACUGCCACGGUAUUUCUGGGAUGUUCCAACAUUCAGGCAUAUUCAUCUUACUGAUGUGUACUGCUGGGCUGCACCCGAGGUCGGGUGCCUUCUUCAAUUACAGACAUUGCACUUCUCUGGUGUAUGCUUUUUAGGUGAUAUUGGAGUGUACCGGCAUUAUAAGUAUAGAAGAGGCGAAGGAGCUGCUAGGAAAUCAAACAAGUCGAGGGAGAAGGCAAAUGACAGAGAGUGGACUCUCUUGAUUGAAGCAUUGCCAGAAAUGAAGCAGCUCGUGUUUCUUCAUCUGGAGAGUUGGUACUGUAUCAGCGGUAAGAAAAAGAGGGCCAUGUUUCCAAAGAGAUUAAUCACGGUACUCUCUGGUCAUAACUGCCUUCGUGUGUUAGAGUUGUCCGGACAACUUCAUUGGAGUCUGCCGAUAAGCCAUUUAGCCAUGCUACCCUGUAACCUGAAAAAGCUCAAGCUGACCGGCUCUAAAUUGCGCGAGGACCCAAUGCCGGUGCUGGGCAAGCUUCUGAACCUGGUGGUGCUAACCUUGGAGUAUGGAGCAUACCAAGGGGAGACAAUGACAUGCACUGCAGAUGGAUUCCGUAGGUUGCAAUAUCUGACAUUCAACGAGGUCUAUGAUGUCAGGCACUGGAACAUUGAGGCUGGCACAUUUCCUUCCCUGAUCCAGCUAAAUCUCAUCUCCAGCUUUCGAGAGAUGACUCUUCCCCCACUGGGACUAGUCCACGUGAAAUCACUUCAAGAGUUGCAUUUGCGUCACUGGGAUUCUAAAUACGUGUCUCUGCAAAACAUCGAGAAAUUAAGGGGAAUCGGAUGCAAGGUCAAAAUCAAGAUGCAGAAGUCGCUAGAUAUAUUAGAAGUUCCAUUGCAGUUUUAUGCUUAUAGUCAAUAUUCGGUUUUUAGCUAA